GCAGAGCCGCUUCGCGAAGUGAGGGCGGCCGCGCUCGUUGUGGGUGGGCGCGCGGCCGACAUGGCGCCCUCCGGGAGUCUCAGGAUCCCCGUGGCAGUGCUGCUGCUGUUGCUUUGGGGGGCUCCCUGGACCCACGGGCGGCGGAGCGACGUGCGGAUCAUCACGGACGAGAACUGGAGAGAGUUGCUGGAAGGAGAGUGGAUGAUAGAAUUUUAUGCUCCAUGGUGUCCUGCUUGUCAGAAUCUUCAACCAGAAUGGGAAAGUUUUGCCGAAUGGGGAGAAGAUCUUGAGGUUAAUGUUGCAAAAGUAGAUGUCACAGAGCAGCCAGGACUAAGCGGACGAUUUAUCAUAAGUGCUCUUCCUACUGUUUAUCAUUGUAAAAAUGGUGAAUUUAGGCGCUAUCAGGGCCCAAGGACUAAGAAGGACUUCAUAAACUUUAUAAGUGAAAAAGAGUGGAAGAGUAUUGAACCUGUUUCAUCAUGGGUUGGUCCAGGUUCUGUUUUGAUGAGUAGUAUGUCAGCACUCUUUCAGCUGUCUAUGUGGAUCAGGACUUACCAUAACUAUUUUAUUGAAGACCUUGGAUUACCGGUUUGGGGAUCAUAUACAGUGUUUGCUUUAGCAACUCUGCUUUCGGGACUAUUAUUAGGACUUUGCAUGAUAUUUGUGGCAGAUUGCCUUUGUCCUUCAAAAAGGCGCAGACCACAGCCAUACCCUUCCAAAAAAUUAUUACUAGAAUCUUCUCAACCUCUGAAAAAAGUGGAGGAAGAACAAGAGGCUGCUGAAGAAGAUGUUUCAGAAGAGGAACCUGAAAGCAAAGAAGGAAUAAACACAGAGUUUGCACAAAAUGCCAUAAGACAACGUUCUGUGGCUCCUUCAUUGGCCACAGAUAAAUCUAGUUAAUUUGUACAAGUAUAUUCAUAUGAUUUUGACAAAAACAGAAGAUUGAUCAUUUCUUUUGGUUUGAAGUGAACUGUGACUUGCUUGUACAUUGCAGGGUUCAGUCUAGAUUGUCAUUAGGUUGAACAGUCUACCUUCAGAAAAUAAAAGUAGCAUUAUUUGAAAAAUCAGGAUUUGAGAACAGUAUGGUGGUUCAAACAGUAGUUUAAUUUUUGAAAAAUCUGGUGCCAAGCAAUAAGAUUUCUGUAUGUUUGUUUCAUAAUAACCUUUUCAAGUCUGAGUUGAAAAAUUACAUUUCCCAAGUAUUGCAUUAUUGAGGUAUUUAAGGAGAUUACUUUAGAGAAAAAGAUUUCUCAUUUGAUAUAAUUUUUCUCAGUUUCACUGUGUGAAAAAAAGAACAUAUUUCCCAUAAAUGGGAACUUUGCCCAUUGUCUCAAGAAAUGUGUAUUUCAGUGACAACUGUGAGGUCCUUUUAGAGGUAAAUUCCAAAAUUUAGUCAUAGCUUUAGAGUAUGCAACUAAUAAAAGCUACCUUACUUUAGUUACAGUUUUCUACAUAUGAUAAUACAGGAUAUGUUUAGGAAGAUUUUAUAAGCCCAUGAUGUUGUCUUGAUUCCUAUAAAAGGUUGGUUGCCUUUUUGUUCUCCUCUGUUCAGUGUAUGAUUUGUAUUUUUCUUACCAUGAGUUACAUUUUUCAUUUUCCAAAUUGGAUAAUUUCCUGGAAAUGUUUUUCAUGUUUUAA